UUUAUCUGUAGCAUUGUGUGAGAGAGCGAGAGAGCGGACGCGUGUGAGUGAGUGCUUGUGAACAGGAUGCCAACCCACGUGUCUCUCGCCGACCCAGCACAGAGGAUCCGUUCUAGCAGGAGGGGCGGAACAAACUUCAGACACGGACUUGUGUGUUGCUGCUGCUGCUGAUGAUGAUGCCGAUGAUGAUGAUGAUGCGUGUUGAUUGUUCGAAGGCAUUGCUGGGAAGUCAAUGAUCACUUGCAAGAACAAGCAACAUGUUAUCGUAGCCUGGGAGGGGAGGUCCGUAUGGAGCUCGCAGAGGAAGAAGGCAGGAGGAGCCUCCAGGCCGGACUCCACAGACGCGGCGACGAUGGCGCCGGCGGCACCACGGACACCGAGCCGGCCCGGUUCCACCGCCGUCCGAAGACCCAAGGCCUCGAUGGAUCGAACCGCGGGUCGAGCGCCCGGGGACGACGAGGCGAGCGCUCUCUCGCGACGGCCGGCGAAGAGGAGAGAGCCCCGACGAGGGGUGACGCUCAGGAGGAGGACGGGAGUUGCGUGGACGAUGUCGGGAUGAGCAAUUGUGGCGGAGGUAUCGCCCACGCGGCCGCCGCUGCGGAGCGACGCGAGUGGAGUCCUGCGCGGAGGAACAGCCACGGUGAUGACGAUGAUGGUGGUGAUGCCGACAAUGAAGGAGAUGAUGAUGAUGAUGAGAGGGAGGAGGAGGAGGAUGAGGACCUCAAACAGUCUGAGGAAGUGGACUCAACAUCCACAGGGGGAGGAGGCGGUAGACCGUACCGCCACGGCCGCCAACUCAAGGACGAUAAAGGCGACCUCCUGAGAUACCUCUACUUGACGUGCGGCACGGACGGAAUCGCUGAUGGAAUCGUGGAUAUUAGUUCUGGUGGGAUCGCGGAUGGAAUCACCGGUGGGAUCGUGGAUCGGACCGUGGAUGGCGUCAUGGACGGGAUCACAGACGGGAUCACGGAUGGAAUUGCGACCGGGAUCACGGAUGAGAUCACGGAUGGGAUCGCAACUGGGAUCACGGCGGCCGGGGACAGCACCGCGGCCGCAUGGGCCGGAGAUGACGUGGGCGGUGGGGGCCCCCGUGGCGGGUGGGAGCGGCCGCGCCGCGACGCUGCCGCCGGGAGCGAUGCGCCGGGCCAGGGCGACGCAUCAGGCGAGGAGACGUGGGAUCGGAGAGAAGCGGGGACGGCGGCGGCGAUGCUGCUGGAGGGAGCCGAGUUCAAGGAGGAGUGGCAGGAUGAAGAUUUCCCCAUGCCCCUUCCAGAAGACGGGGACAUGGAGCAUUCGUACCCCCUAGAUCCGCAGGGGUCCUCCCCCGAGGGGGAUUACGGAGGCUCUGACGGCGGCGUUGGAGGCCGCGGGGCCGCCGGCGCGUCGUCCCGGCGACGCAAGCUGCAGGCGCCGGACAUCAGCCUGUCGCUGGACCGCAGCGAAGGCUCGCUGCUGUCGGACGACGGUGGCGUCGACACGCCCGACGACCUGGACUUCGACGUGGACGGCAUGGACACCCCCGACGAGGCGGACUCCAUCGAGUACACGCCGGGCAACGAGCUCGAGUGGGAGGACGACACGCCGAUGAAGGGCCGCGCCGGAGGGGAGCGCGCCCCGCCGGGCCUCUCGGAUCGCGGCGGGGACGACGACGCGGCGCCGGGGGGCGGCGGCGCGAGUCUGUGGCGCUCGGUGGUGAUCGGCGAGCAGGAGUACCGGAUCGACAUGUCCGCCAUCGAGCCGUACCGCCGCGUGCUGUCGCACGGCGGCUACUACGGAGAGGGCCUCAACGCCAUCAUCGUGUUCGCCGCUUGCUACAUGCCGGACAGUCGGCAGCCCAACUACAGCUACAUCAUGGAGAACCUCUUCCUCUACGUGAUCAACACGCUGGAGCUGCUCGUGGCCGAGGACUACAUGAUCGUGUACCUCAACGGUGCCACGCCGCACCGGCGCAUGCCCGGCUUGGGCUGGCUCAAGCGCUGCUACACCAUGAUCGACCGGCGGUUACGGAAGAACCUCAAGUCGCUGGUUAUCGUUCACCCAUCUUGGUUCAUCCGGACGGUGCUGGCUUUCUCCCGGCCCUUCAUCAGCACCAAGUUCUCGAGUAAAGUCCGCUACGUGCACAGCCUGGUGGAGCUGGCUCAGAUCCUGCCCAUGGAGCACAUCCACAUCCCCGACGGGGUCAUGCGGCUAGAGGAGGCGCGGUUCCGCAGGAGAAAGCGAAGGCUCGAGGAGGAGUUGAGGGAAGCCAGCGAAACAAUGAGACUUCGGCAGGAGCUGGAGGCCGUCGCCGAGGAGGAGAGAAUGGAUGACGCCUUGUUUAAAGCCGUGGCUGCCGCAAUCAGGGAGUCGGAGGCGUCCACCUCGCAGUGACGGCGUCGGCCCGGGGGGGGUGAGCGGGGGUGGGAGGCGCGUCACCUCGCGGGUGCAGCCGCGACCUCGCCGGCGGCGUCGCGGCCGUGGUUGGCCGUCCGACGAAACCUCAAGUUCGACGACGCAGCACGGUGUGAGGGGUGGGGGUGGCGGGCGGGCGGGCGGGCGCAUAGGACCGGCACAAAACGCAACCCAACUUCGUCCGGCUAUCUCCCUCCUGCUGGGCAUCACCAGCCACGGCUGUCAGACGAGACGAGUUUGCGCGAGAGCACGCCAUCGGCCGCGUGCUCUCUCGCGUCGCUCGACGAACGCCCCCUUGUCCCCCACCCCCUUGUCCCCCACCCCCUUGUCCCCCACCCCCUUGUCCCUCACCCCCUCCCGCCCCUCCCCCCACCCCUCUGCAUCGUACGGGGAGAUGAUUGCGAUCGCUGAAGUGACGGCGGCGUGGGACGCCAACGAGCGUCGCGACGGGAGGAGCACCGGGUCUCGCCGCACGACCUGAAGCCAAUGCCGCGCGGGAAGCAGGCGCUUGCGCGGAGAGGGAACGAGGGGAGCGGAGAGGGUGAGGAGCACGACGGACGGCGUGGUUACCCGCGGGCCCUCGCGCCGAGCGUGGUUACCCGGCGAGGUCGCCAGGCAGGCCGGACCUCGUGCGCCACUGUCGACCGCGCACCACCGAGCCUGCCGCUACGACAACCUUCUUCGCGGUUGCGACUUUACGUUGGUGCGGCGUCAUGAACGCGACCGCCGUGCGGAAAAACGGCGUCUUGAGACGGUGGGGCAGGUUCAGGUCGUGGGGAGGACGUGGCGCUCGUAGGCGAGCGAUGGUGAGGAAGGUCUCGAGGCUGGACUAGAGAGCAGCAGGCAGGGAGUCGACAGCACAGACGGCUGGGAGGGCGUUCCAGACUACGGGGACGGCAGAGGAGAACGAGCAACCUCCCACGAAGCCAGGGGUGGUGAUCUUUUUGCUCAUCAGGGGGUCCAAUUAGACUUCCGGAUGCUUGUGGCGGAUCGAACGUCAAGGCGCGAAGCUCGGCAUUAUCCAUCAAUGACGUGGCACGUAGCAGCGGGGAGAGGCCGUCACGGUGGCAGCGCUAGAAUUAGAAACCCGUUGUCACCAAGUCGAAGAUAUUCCCCUCUAGAAGCUGAUUAUCGCAAAGAUAAAAUGCCACACACUCGUGUUCACGGUACAAUUACUUGGUUUACGUUCGCAACUUCGCGUUACAAAUUGCACGAUUCAGCGACGAAUGCUUUCACGUUAUUAAAAUUGGCAGCGAGGUGGCUCGAGCGGUGGAACGUUUGCCGCUCAUCGCAGAGGUUCAAGGUUCGAAUCGAGCGGCGGCCUCCCGCGUUAAUAAUGCGGCGCAACAGCCAUUGUGUGCCGGCGUCAGGGUCCACACUUGAAGGAUUACGCCGCAAAUUUACUGAAUUGGGAUUGUAAACGGAAAUCACCGCCGCCUCCUGGCAGACGAAUUCCCCCGAGGUCACUCUUGCAAUUGACUCAUCUUGGACUCCCGAUUUCUCGCCUUGUUUAACAGAAUACAUUAGAAACGUGAAUGUAUUACAUUCGGUGCGUAAACAAUUAAACCUAAUAAACGUUCAUCAGUUUAAAUAAAAAUAAACAUAUCCAAAAUUUGACAAAAAUCCACGAUCUGAAAUAUAAGAAAUGCAAAACUCAUCCGUACUUCACUUCCUUGGGCUGCGCAGAUAAACUUGUGUGUUCAGCAACUGGCUCGGCAGCGGCCGGUAGAUGCGUAGAGUUUCCUCUGAUUCUAGCGCAGUGGGGUGGAGUGAACGUCGCGGAUUACUCUCCGUCACCUUUGUAACGGAGAGUAAUCCGCAACCAGCUACUGGGACAAGCCCAGUGGCAGACCCAAUUGGAAGGAGGGGGGAGGGGGACGAUUGAGAAAAUUGUCUUUAUUAUGAACGUAGGGCCAUAUUGUAAAAGCUUCGAAUUUUAGAGCCACCAGCCACCAGCCACCGCCCACCUCUCAGACACUCCCAGCUUCCAGAGUGUCUGUGACCCCACAGCAAAAGAGUAUGUAUGCAAUGCGGCACACAAUAGCCUCCUCGCUCGCGUUACUGGUCGUUGUUAAGUUAUAUCGUGCGUGUGACAUGCGUGGCGUAUAAAGCUACAGCAGCACAUAGACGAGGAUUCCGUGCCGUCGAAAAUCUGCGCGCGCGUGCGCGCGUGUGUUCGCGAAUAAGGCAUCGCCCAAUCCUCGUGUGUUUAUUUACCGCAUUCCCCCGGAUCGUGGAGACGUUCCGGAGCGUGAGACGCACCCAUAACCCACGGUGCGUUCGACAGGGCAGAAGCGCCCUGCAGAGGGCUUGUGGAGCCAACGAGCCCCUUGUAAAGCAGCCACAGGAGAGCAUUUGUGGCGAGGAGCUAACAACGGUCAGCGGUUGUAGGUGCGGGGUCGCGUCAGAAGUCCGGACCAAUCGGUGGGCGCCGUUCCUUUGCUGCCGGCUCUCGGUUCGGCGGACACGCGCGCCAGCGCUCAUUGGCCGAGCCGGGUGCGUUGUGACGUCACGCCGCCGUUGCUAGGCGCGGCGGCGGCGGCGUCCGAGCCCGCGGCGCUGUUUGACGUCGAGGCGGAGGGGCCCGGCGCCAGCGAGUCGACAAGUCUGGUCACACGCCUACCGGGACCCCUCUGAGAUGCACCCCCAACAUUCGCUUUAAAAUACGAUAACCCGUCGACCCCGUACCAGUGCCUACCUUGUUACAGACCAAUUCACACCUUGUUGGUCACCCGGUGCCCCUUAUAAAUCUCAAUGUUCAUCCUUACAAAGUGCUAUCACAAGGCAGAAAUACAAACACAUUUUUGUUGUUGCUCGUUUUGAAACGGCUGUACGCCUUAUGGACCUGAAAACUCAAUUCCUCUGUGCAAGAAUACGGAGUACACCGUACGGGUUGACACGGUACGCGAUAAAGGGGAUUGGUGGGGAAUAAGUGCGUCUUAUAAUUAUCUGGAGACAUCGAUCACCAGCCACGAUGUUGUUCGCUGCGGUAGGACACCCGAACUGUGUGAGCCACAGUUGUCCUUUGACCGUGCUUCACCGCACUGGUCAAUGCGGGUUGGUACAUGCCCCCCCAAACCACAUUGCCCCCCCCCCCCGCCCAAACUUGUACGCAGUGUUCGUAAUAUUACACACCGCCACGUCCCAGCGUUCUGAUUGGCUUCAAGCCACGUGCCAUUCAACGCGCGGGUAAGGGGGGGGACGCGGGAGGUGGGGGGUGUUGGGUGUGGGGGGUACCAAGCACCUUGUGGUAAACACGCACUCCACACGCACUACACACGCGCUGUCACGGGAGUGCGCCUUACAAUACAGAAUACGCCAAUUCAAUCGGUCGCCUAUAACAAUUCAUACCCAAGUGGUUGCGCCGAACACUGCGUUAACGUGCGGCGUUGUUUGUGAUUUCCACGUGGAAGUAAUCCACUUCACCGAAUCGUUCGCCCGCGAAAUUAUGAUAAAUACGGUCGGUUAAUGUGUUGACCUGUGUUUGGGAGGAAUUAAACAAAUGAAAACGUUGCCAUCGGUUCAGAGCAA